AUGGGAGUCGCUUUUCAUAUCAUCCACGUUGCAACUGGAGAAGAUAUUGGAACAAAAAUUAUGGCAUAUUGUCAGCAGGGUCUUAGAUCUGUAGGCAUUUUGUCAGGCACUGGUGUUGUAUCAACUGCCACACUUCGUCGACCUUCAGCUCCAGGUGGCACUGUCACAUAUGAGGGGCGCUUUGAAAUGCUGUCCCUAUCAGGCUCAUUUUUGCUUACUGAGAGGGAAGGCUUACUCCAUCGAAUUGGAGGAAUAAGUAUUUCCUUUGCUGGCCCUGAUGGACGUGUCAUUGGGGGAGGAAUUGUUGGUUUGCUUAUUGCUGCUAGUCCUGUUCAGGUGGUAGUUUGUAGCUUUCCAUGGAGUGGAUCAAAGACAAAGAAGAGGAAAAGGGAAGGAUCAGAAAGUGAAGUGGAGUCAGAACAUCAGGGAGUUCAUAAUCCAGUUGCAGUGAAUAAUAGCAUUUAUCCAAAUUAA